UUGGUUAAUGUCUAGAUCAUAGAUCUUAUGUUACUUGAUGCUAAAUAAUGCUUAUAGUUACAUAUAAUUACAAUUUAAUCAAUAUGUAAUAAUUUAUGUUAAAGUUAGAAACUUAAUUUUUUAGUUGAAAAAUCUAAAUGAUGUAGUAAAAUAAAAAGUCUGUAUUAUAAAUACAAAUGGUUUACUUCAACUUAAAUUUUUGAAUUGCAUUAGUUUAUGCAAAAUUAUUUUAAAGCUGUAUUUCGGUAUUAAAGUAUAUGUGUUAUACUUUUAAUAUAAUUAAUACUAUAAUUCAUAUAAGGUAAUAUGAAUUGAAUAUGGAUAAAUAUAUAUAAAGCAAUAACAAUGAAUAACCAGUGGAAAAAAUAUCUGUUUUGGUUUGCCCAAGAACACAUUGAUUUUCGUACAGCUGAAAUGCAAUCUAUUCUUGGUAUGUUUGGUGUAAAUAUUUAUACUCAUCCUGAAUUAAACACACAUCCUUAUUGGAUAGUUAAUUUACCUUCAGAAACUCUGGCACAUAAAAUUGCAAGCAGAGCAGUCUGUGUGCGAUUUUGUUUAGAGUUGUGGGCUAAUAGUAAACAAGUUGAAAAUUUGCAUAACAAGUUAAAAACUUAUCCAAUUUCAGAAAUUAAUAAAUAUGCUGGACCACACAAAUCUUUUAAAGUAAUAGUUGAAACAUUUUGUAAACAUUUUUCUCAAGGUGAAAAAGUAAAUAAAAUUGAUUCUUUCAGUUAUUUACCAUUGCAAGGACCAGUAAGACUAAAUAAUCCAGAUACAACAUUGUGUUAUAUAGAAUUUUAUGGAUUAGAUCCUAAUAAUAUCCCUAAAGAACCAUAUGAAUUAUUUUUUGGUAGAUGGAUUACAAGUGGACAAAGGGAUUUAAUUCGAAAGUUAUCACUGAAAACUAGAAAAUUUAUUGGUAAUACGUCUAUGGAUCCUCAACUAUCAUUAAUAAUGGCUAACCAAGCUCAAGUUCAAAAGGGAGACAUUGUUCUUGAUCCAUUUGUUGGUACUGGAUCUUUAUUAGUUGCUGCUUCUCAUUUUGGAGGAUAUACAUUGGGAACAGAUAUAGAUUUUUUAAUGCUGCAUGGACGUACAAGGCCUAGUAGGAUAUCGCAAAAGAUUAGGGAAAAAGAUGAAAAUAUUGCUACAAAUAUGAGUCAAUAUGGAAAAAGAUCAUACUAUAUUGAUGUAGUUGUAUCAGACUUUUCUUAUCCUUUAUGGCGUUCUGACAUGUGUAUAGAUGCUAUAAUAACAGACCCUCCUUAUGGUAUCAGAGAAGCAACAGAAAGGAUAGGUACAACUAAAUUAAAUCCAGUGAUAGAAGAACAUCAAGCUUCAUCUCAUAUACCAUCUAAAAUUGGUUAUGAUUUACCUCAAAUAUACAAGGAUUUAUUAACUUUUGCAGCUCAACAUCUUAAAUUAAAUGGUAGAUUAGUAUGUUGGUUUCCUUUAUUUAGAGAUCAAUAUUCAGAGGAUCAGUUACCAACACAUCCAUGUUUGGAAUUAAUAGCUAAUUCAGAACAAGUACUUAGUAAUUAUACUAGUCGGAGGUUAUUGACUUAUAAAAAGGUAAAAGAUCCAAAGGAAUCAGAUGAAAUAAUUUCUAACAAUUUAAUCGACUUCCGCGAACAAUAUUUUGCAUUACGAAAUGAAAGUAGAAGGGAAAAACGAAUGAAGAAAGCUGUAGAAAAAGCAAAGAAAAGAGAACUUUGGGAACAGAAUAAUAAAGAAAAUCCAAAAAGAUGACUGUAA